AUGACAAGCCUAGGGAUGCUACUUGCCCUUCCUAAGCGGCUGUCGAUGGGCUUUCCCGUUAGGGCGGUGGCAUUACCGCUGUCCACCGCCGCUGACGCCUGCCAGCCAAGCUCCAGUUCAAGAUCAUACUGUUCUCAAGGGGAGCAGCGCUCCGUGGGGGCACGGCGCGCUUUCCGCCGGCCCAUGCGCUAUGGCUCCAAACUUGCAAUUCGGAAUCCUGAGCUUUUCCGGAGGAUGAAGGCUGUUUUGGGCUAUCCUGACGACAACGCGGUGGCCAAGGUGGACCGCGUUACGAUCAGCACUUUGCAAACCAUGAAGUACCUCAUGCCUGGGGGGGAGAACCUUGGUAUGCUUCAGGGCAUGGCGAGCUACAAGGUCACCACUUUAAAUCGGGAGCUCAUACCCCUGCUCGACAGAACGGAAGCCCUGCUCAAGGGCAAAUGA